GGUGGACACGGAGGACGGCUUCUUUGAGAACUGACUGUUGUCCUGAUUUUGGAUUCUUGGGGAAUUCCUCCCCAGCAAUACACGCGCACUUCCCUGCUAGCCCACACCAGGUCUAGACACUGCUGAGCCCAGUGGAAAGCUACCAGCCUUAUUGUGCUGAACCAGGCAGAGACGGCCUCAGAAACAGGAAGUCCCACCCCUGCAGUGGGAGAAGGCUGGAGGCCUGGGUCUCAAUUACCUGGGACCUGGAGUGAGUGAGUUGCCUCUGCCUGGCACUGAGGUGUGAGUACCUGGUUAAGCAGAGAACUCCAGGGCCUCUUGUACCCAGGCAGGCUGCAAGUUCUUGGCACCCGCCCUCCAUCACUCCCUGCUGGGCUCCUCAGGCUGGGACAGGUGGGAAGCAAGGGUUUCAGCCUUCCCUAGUACUUCUGCCUCAGUUUUUCUAGAGUUUGGUCUCUGUUGCAGGAUUUCUGUGUUUCGCGGUAUCACCCUUGCCAAUCUAGAACCUCUAGGUUGGGAGCAGGGGUCUGAGCUGGGGCAGGUGCGUGUGACUUAUUAACACCACCAGCUUGUUAAAGACCCAUACUUCACCCACAGUCAGGACUACACACAGCUUUUGUCUUCAUACUCCGUAACUGACCUUGCCACAUUAUUUCGUCUCUGAGCCUGCCUCAGUUUCCUCAUCUGUACAAUGGGGAUAACAUUAGGUUUCCUGAGUUGCUGUAUGUAGUGUCCAAAACUGCUUAGCCCAUACUGAAAGCUCAUAGCUAUUUGGGCUUGAGGCGCCCUUUUCCAGGCCUAUCUUUUAAGGUCCGAUAAACCUUCCUGUCUACCUUAUUCCCAAGAAUGAUUGGGUGGGUGGGGGAGGCAGGCCUAGAGCGGUAAUGACGUUCUGGGAGGUUAAAGGAGUGAGGGAGGAGUUGAGUACCAAAGAAAGGGCUGGCCAGGAAGAAAGUGUGACUGUUGGAACUGACGGGGGAAACAGUUUACAGCUUGUAGAGAAGGGCAGAAGGUCCUGGGAAAGGGAAUAGUCAGGAGGGUGGGGGAGGGCGUGGAGGAGGUGGUGGGGACACCCAGGACUGAGGAAAUAAACAAGGGGAGCGCCAGCCACCACAGGGGUGGAGGGUAAUGCUGCUGGGAAUCAGCCCCCUCAGACUUUCCACUGCGAAGCGAAACCGUGAGCCCUGGGGUGUGUGGGGGGGCAACGCAGAGGGGAAGUGGGGAAGGUGAAGGGAAGGCAGAAGGACAGGGGCAAGGGCCCUGGGAACAGACAGGCCUCCCAGCUCAAGACAUCCACCUUGCCUCUGCUCUGCUCUCUGCCACUGCCCUGCCCCAUUACCUAGGACUCCCCCCCACCCCCCCUUACCUUUCUCCCUCCCCUCCCCAGCCCCUGGCUGCCUGACCUGGCCAGCUUUCCUCUGGAUUCCAGCCUCUGGGCAUCGGUUCCUCCCCUCUCCCUCCAGGUCUCUGUCCCUGUCCCUCUUCUCGUAGGUUCCUUUCCUCCACCCUCCACCUUGCAGAACCUCUCUUUUGUCAGGCUGUCUCUCCCUCCUUCUUGACCUCUUCCCUUUGGAGGGCUCCUCCCGGCCCAGACCUAAGGGGAGAUGGGGGAAGCCCAGUUCCUGGUCUUGGUGCUUCUGCCCUUGCUGUGGGUGGCUCCAGUGGAGGCACCAGGGCCCCGGACCUCUGUCCGGGAGGUGUGGGCCCAGGAGGGGGCUCCUGCCCAGCUCCCCUGCAGCCCCACAAUCCCCCUCCAGGAUCUCAGCCUUCGAAUAGGAGGGGUUACCUGGCAGCAUCUACCAGACAGCCCGCCCCCAGCCCGGAGCGCCCCCUACACCGUGCUGAGGCUGGCGCCCGGGGGCCUGCGCAGCGGGCGGCCGCCCCUGCAGCCCCGCGUGCAGCUGGAAGAGCGGGGCCUCCGGCGCGGCGACUUCUCGCUUUGGCUGCGCCCGGCCCGACGCGCGGACGCGGGCCAGUACCGCGCCGCCGUGAACCUCCGGGACCGGGACCGCGCCCUCACCUGCCGCCUCCAUCUGCGCGUGGGCCAGGCCUCCAUGACCGCCAGUCCCCAAGGGCCUCUCAGGACCUCGGAUUGGGUCGUCCUGAACUGCUCCUUCAGCCGCCCUGACUUCCCGGCCUCUGUGCAGUGGUUCCGGGGCCCAGGCAGAGUCCCUGUUCAGAAGUCUCCCCAUCACCACUUAGAUGGGAGCUUCCUCUUCCUGCCCAAAGUCAGCCCCGUAGACUCUGGGCUCUGGGGCUGCAUCCUCACCUACAGAGAUGGCUUCAGUGUCUCCAGUGCCUACAACCUCACUGUUCUGGAUCCGGAGCCUGCAGUCCCUCUGACAGUGUACGCAGGAGCAGGUUCCCGGGUGGAGCUGCCCUGCCCUCUGCCUCCUGGUGUACGCACCGGGUCUUUUCUCACUGCCAAGUGGGCCCCUCCUGGGGGAGGCCCUGACCUGCUGGUGACUGGAGACAAUGGCAACUUUACCCUUCAACUGGAGGCUGUGAGCCAGGCCCAGGCUGGGACCUACACCUGCCGCAUCCAUCUGCAGGGGCAGCAGCUCAUUACCACCGUCACUUUGGCAGUCAUCACAGUGACUCCCAAAUCCUCCGGGUUACCUGGCAACCUGAGAAAACUUCUUUGUGAGGUGACGCCGGCAUCUGGACAGGAGCGCUUUGUGUGGCGCCCCCGGGACAAGUCUUCGAGGAGUUCCCCAGGACCCUUGCUGGAGGUGCAGGAGGCCAGCCUCCUCUCCCAGCCCUGGCAGUGCCAUCUGUACCGGGGGGAGAGGCUUCUCGGAACAGCGGUCUACUUCACGGAGCUGCCUGGCUCAGGUGCCCAGCGCUCCGAGAGAGCCCCAGGAGCCCUGAAGACAGGCCACCUCCCUCUCCUUAUCGCCCUCGGUGUCCUCCUACUGCUCCUUUUGGCGACUGGAGCCUUUGGCUUUCACCUUUGGAGAAGACCGUGGCGGCCAAGAAGAUUCUCUGCUUUAGAGCAUGGGAUCCACCCACCUCAGGCUCAGAGCAAGAUAGAGGAUCUGGAGCAAGAACCAGAGCCGGAGCUGGAGCCACAGCCACAGCCACAGCCACAGCCACAGCCAUAGCAGCCCUGACCUGGAGCUGGGCAGCCAGUGGAUCUCCGUAGCUCAGUACAAAUAAACUCCCAUCAGCAGCAA